UAGUCAGUGUCAGCUGACCAGGAGCCACUGUCGCCCUUUUAAACUGAAGGAAGAGGGAAGGCCGGUGUACACGGAUAAAAUCUGGAAAACAUACAAGCUACAUAAACAACGAAAAAACAUACAGACGAAAUCAUGCCAUCUCUUUUAUUUUGCGGUCCCAAACUGGCCGCGUGUGGAAUAGUGCUUAGCAUUUGGGGAGUCAUUAUGCUGGUGAUGCUGGGCAUUUUCUUCAGCGCCCACUCGGCUGUGCUGAUUGAGGAUGUGCCGUUCACAGAGGAAGAUAUCCGCCAGGAUAAAAACCCGCCUCAGACGAUCUAUGGACUGUACAACCAGGUGGGCUACAACUGCUUCAUCGCAGCAGCCAUCUAUGUGAUAGUGGGAGGCGUGUCCCUCUGCCAGGUCCGGCUCAACAAGCGCAACGAGUACAUGGUGCACUAACUCCCCCUGCUGGAUGGGAAGAAACACUGCACCACCUCACACUGGAGAGAGCUGCAGACAUUACAACCCCAAUUCAGGUCCUACUGGCUUUACAGACUAUUGUCUGUCUAGAAUACACACUAGAUGUGUUUUUGUAGUUUAUGUUUAACCCUUCUCCUCUAUGGAUCAAAAGACCAUAGUCCUAAACCGCUGCUGUAAAUAUAUUUGCCCAUCUGUCCAGGUUUAUUCUGUACAUCUUCCAAGAUCGAGUGCAAUAAAGUGCUAUAAAACCAAUUUGUAGGUGCACCCAGUACAAAAUAAUUUUCAGAUUAAAGGUACAGGCAAGAAAUCAAACAAAUCUGUCAGAUCAGUGAGAAAAGAGUCUCUCUACCGCUCUUUACCUUUGUUUGAGAUGUUAUUGCCAUCAAGGAAAUGAGGUGGAUAUGAACAAAUCAUACAGCUAAAGGGCAGGGUAGACAUAAUCUACAUUCCAAACUUCCAUAAAAUUAAAAGGCUGUGUUUCCUAAUUUAAAUUAAUUGCUGUGUUUGGCAAAUUGAAAUGAAGUUAUUGAGAUUAUAUUGAUGUAGCUGUAGAGCUUGUACUAGUGUAAGGUAUUAUUUUUAACUGUGAGUUUUGUGUUUGUAUUCCUGUAGUGAAACCUGUACUGUGAAAGCAGUAAGUUAUUUGUCACAUGGUCUGUAUAUUAAAUAAGGUGUAUAAAACUCUAUAAACAGGCAUGUAGACUACCCUGUUGGACUGAGGUGUGUGCUUAAAAUAUUUCUUUUUGGUUGUUUCACAAUGACAUCCACACCCAAAAUAAAACUCUGUGUCAAAAAUCUGAUUAGUUGUUGGUGGUGUUGGGUCAUGUCCAGUCCUAGUGCUCCUUCCAGUGAACUUUGUUUGAAGGAGAGGGAGCCCUUCUGUGAAGGAACCCCUAAGAGUUUCAUGGUGCACGGAGCUACUAUGCACC